AUGCAGUUUGUUGGUCAAUCCGGAUUGAACUAGUUCAGUUUGUCACCUGUUGAAGAGAAGAAGUUGGGUAUUUCCAUGUAACAGGCUGAAAAAAAUGGACCCAAGUAAGCCCACAGACCUUGGUGACAUGACAGGCGUUCAUUGGCUAGGACGCGGAAGAGGACUGCAGCCUGGGGAGAUGGCUAUAGGUCGUAGUAGAGGGUGGCUCCUCACUGCAGAAGGGCCAGGUAUAGGACGAGCCAGGGGUGUCCUCAGUCCUGGUGAUAACUUCCCAAGAGAAACUGUGCCUUUAGCCCCUACAGAAUCUGUAGUUGCACGAGGUAGAGGGCUGUUAAUGCAGCCUGAUGACCAAGGAGUCGGCCGAACCAGUGGACUUCUCCCAGUAUCUGGGCCGAAGCUGGGGGUGUCAAGAGGUGCAGUUCUGUCCGAAAUGGAAGCACAACAUAAACGAAAACCUUCGUUUGAACUGACGCCACCUGUCUCUGCAGGGGAUACUUCAACAUUUCCGGAAGAAGAGGUUAGCAUGCAAGCUCGUGGUCAAGGGUCAACACUGGUCUCGAUGUUUAAGGCAAUGGGCAUUGAGUCUGUGACCUCCUACGGAAGAGGAACUCAAGCAAUGGGAAGAGGAGAUGCAGGAGAGCUGAAACUGCAAGGUGGCCCUCUGGGUGUCAAAAGCUUCCCAGAGGGUAUUGGGACAAGUGGAGACAUGAUGGGCAGAGGAAGCAGUUUGUUUUCUCAGAUGAUGGUGGGGAUUGGGAGAGAUGCUAUGCCACAGCUUGGAAUGGGACGAGGGCACACUUUGCUUCCACCUUUUCCUCCAGGUCAGAUCAAGACACCAUCAUCUGAGCCCCAAACAGCUGUUCCCUCCCAGCCUCCCUCAGCAGGAGUUUUGCUCUCUGUGACAGCGACAGAUGUGCUUUCUACUAGUGCUCCACCAAAACAGGAGUUGAAAAUGGAGGCAGUAUGUGAGCCAGUUAAUAAAGCUGGAAGUAAAGGAGCUCCCAUAACGAUUGGGUCAAAUCACAUCCCAGUUAAAUGCAAGAAUGAAGCUGUGUACCAGUAUCAUGUUACGUUUACUCCAAACGUUGAAUCGAUGGCUAUGCGUUUUGGAAUGAUGAAAGAUCAUCGUUCAGCCACGGGGGACGUAGUGGCUUUUGAUGGCUCCAUACUGUACCUUCCUGUUAAGCUGAACCAUGAAGUUGUACUUAAGAGUGUGAGAAGGACCGAUAAUGAAGAAAUAGAAAUCAGAAUCCAGAUGAAGAAGAUUUUGCCGCCAAGUUCUGAUCUUUGCAUUCCUUUCUACAAUGUGGUGCUGAGAAGAGUAAUGAAAAUCCUCGGACUGAAGCUGGUGGGCAGAGGUCAUUAUGAUCCAGAAAGUGCAGUCAUUAUUGACAAACAUCGACUUCAGGUGUGGCCAGGCUAUUCUACUGCUAUUAAGCACACAGAUGGAGGUCUGUACGUGUCUGUAGAUGUGGCUCACAAAGUUUUACGGAAUGACUCUGUGCUGGAUGUCAUGAACACGCUGUACCAACAGAGCAAGGAGAACUUCCAAGACGAAUGCACCAAAGAACUUGUUGGCAACAUUGUCAUCACCCGUUACAACAACCGCACAUACCGCAUUGAUGCAAUCGAGUGGAAUAAGUCGCCAAAAGACACUGUCACUCUGAUGAAUGGUACUGAAACCACCUUUUUGGACUACUACAGCAAGAACUAUGGGAUCACAAUCAGAGAGAUGAACCAACCUUUACUCAAGCAUCUACCAAAGGAGCGGUCUAAACCAGGAGGGAAGCAAACCAUCACUGGAGAGAUCCUUUUGGUGCCAGAGCUUUCCUACAUGACAGGAAUCCCAGAUAAAAUGAGGAAGGACUUCAGAGCAAUGAAAGACUUGACAAUGCACAUCAAUGUGAGCAGUGAACAGCACACCUCUUCAAUAAGGCAACUUCUGAAGAAUAUCUCUGGCAGUCCUGAGAGCUUAAAGGAGCUUGACCAAUGGGGACUGGAGAUUGGCUCUGACAUUGUGAUGAGAGCAGCAGCUAAAGUGAAAAUAAAUGACAGCUUUGUCAAGUCCAGACUGACCUUCAAGAUGUGCCAUCUGUACUGGAACUGGCCAGGAACCAUUCGUGUUCCAGCUCCAUGCAAAUAUGCUCACAAAUUAGCCUUCCUGGCUGGCCAGUACCUGCACUCAGAGCCAGCCAUCCAGCUGUCAGACAAGCUCUUUUUUCUUUGA